AAUCAGGGGCCCACAUGAACCAAGUAGCUGAUCCUUUGUUGACCGAGGCUAUCACCGCGUUAGUCAAAAUCAACGGGAAGAGUAGUCGUUUCCAAGUAGAUUCGGGAUCUCCGUACACUAUCGUGUCAGAAGGCGUUUUUAACAAGAUUUUUGGUAACAACUCCCCGAAGUUAUACCCUUUCCGCACCAUUUUGCGUGGGUACUCGAAGAAACAAGUUCGAAUUGCCGGCCAAUGCCAAGUGAAGGUCACAUACAACAACUUCACUCGAGAACUUCCACUAAUCGUGGCCAGGGGAAACAACAUAAGUUUGUUAGGGAGAAACUGGUUCAAAGAGUUAGGGAUAUGUGUCUCGGGCGUAUAUCGCAUUUCCCGAGACCGAAUCCAGGAGUUGAUGGAAGAGUUUCCGGGGGUAUUCAAAGAGGGGUUAGGAACAUAUAAAGGCCAGCCGAUUUCAAUUAAAUUAGACCCGAACGUAACGCCCAUCAGAUUAAAGGCAAGGCGCGUACCGUUGGGGAUUCGUCAAAAGGUGGACGACGAACUUGAGAAAUGGGUCAAGCAGGGAAUUUUAGAGCCGAUAACAGAUCCUGAGUGGGCUACCCCCAUUGUGCCGAUUUUGAAGCAAGAUGGAUCGGUACGCAUCUGUGGGGAUUAUAAAAUUACACUUAAUAAGGCACUGCGGCCCACCGCUUAUCCCAUUCCAGCGAUCAAUCACUUGUUGGCAGAUUUGGGACAUGCGAAAGUAUUUGCCAAGCUUGAUCUGGCCCAGGCAUAUCAGCAGCUCGCGGUAGAUGAUGAGACAGCCAGGGCUCAAACGAUUAUUACACACAAAGGGGCCUUUAAGGUCAAAAGAUUACAAUUUGGUAUCAACGCGGCGCCAGGGAUUUUCCAAGCUUUUAUCGAACAACUUGUAGGGGGAAUAGAAGGGGUAAUCCCAUACUUUGAUGAUAUUCUCAUUGCGGCUAAAUCCGAGGAAAAUCUGCUGCAUAAGGUUAGGCAGGUUCUAGAGAAAUUCCAAUCAUCGGGCUUGCGCAUUAAAACACAGAAAUGUGUUAUAGGCGUUCCAAGUGUAACAUUUUUGGGGUUUAAGAUAGAUUCGAACGGAAUUCAUCCCUCGGAGGAGAAUGUCCGGGCAGUUUGGCAAAGCCCUGUACCAUCUAACAAAAGAGAGCUUCAAGGGUUCCUGGGACUAGUUAAUUUUUAUCAUAUUUUUCUAAAAAACAAAGCCACGGUUGCGGAACCAUUGCAUCGUCUUCUGGAUGCGAACACACCGUGGGAGUGGGGGCCCAAACACGAAAAAGCGUUUAAGGCCGUCAAAUCAUUGUUGACAUCAGACGCCGUACUAACGCACUUCGACUCAAAAAAACCAUUAGUGCUAACAUGUGAUGCGUCACCUUACGGUAUUGGAGCUGUCCUUAGCCACCGCAUGCCAGACAGAAGUGAGGCACCCAUUGCCUACUAUUCGCGCACGCUAUCAGCAACGGAACGUAACUACGCACAGAUAGACAGAGAGGCCUUGGCAAUCGUGGCGGGAGUGAAGAAAUUUCACGACUAUAUCUACGGACGGCAAGUGGAAAUACAGACCGAUCACAAGCCUCUUCUCGCCUUACUAUCGUCAUCCAGACCGACUCCAAGCAUCAUCUCACCCCGGAUGCUCCGAUGGAAUAACCUCCUGUCAGCAUAUGACUAUAUACUCGUCUACAGACAAGGAAAAUCUAUACAGAACGCGGACGCGUUGAGUCGUCUUCCGGUGGCCGAAGUUCCAGAGCAGCAACCGAACGAGAGAGACAUCUUCCUUAUAGACGUCAUGGAGUGUCCAUCUCUGUCAGCUAGAAAAAUAGCCCUAGCAACCGAUAAAGACCCAAUCUUAUCUAAAGUGAAGACUUGGGUUGUGACUGGCUGGCCCAAGCAGAAAACUUCAGGCCUUUUUCAACCAUUCGAAAACAGAAGUGUAGAACUGUCAAUCCAUAAAGGAUGUUUGCUAUGGGGAAGUCGUAUCGUAAUUCCUCCCCAUCAACGGAAAAUAUGUCUCAAUAUGUUGCACGUCGCACACCCGGGUAUUGUUAAGAUGAAGGCACUGGCUAGGAGUUACAUUUGGUGGCCAGGUCUGGACAGCGACAUUGAGAAAUUAGUCAGGUCAUGUGCGAGCUGUCAAGCAGUCCAACAUAACCCUCCCAAAACUAUGUCCGCUUGGGAACCGGAGGAAGCUCCGUGGAAUAGGCUCCACAUAGACUUUGCCGGCCCCUUUCAGGACAAAAUAUUUUUCAUAGUGGUGGAUGCCAAGUCCAAGUGGUUGGAAGUGGAUAUAGUGCCAUCGACAUCUGCAAAUGGAGCGAUUAAAGUGUUGCGGAAACUGUUCGCCACGCACGGAAUACCAACAGUGAUCGUAUCAGAUAACGGCACUGCCUUUACAUCUUGCGAGUUUCGCAAUUUCCUUAACAACAACGGUAUUCAACAUAUCACUACGGCACCCUUUCAUCCGUCGUCUAACGGACAAGCGGAGAGGAUGGUGCAAUUUACAAAGCAAGCUCUGAAGAAAAUGAAGGGAGCUGACAUGGGAUUGAAGUUAGCGAGAAUGCUAAUAUCACAGCAUGUGACACCGUCGUCGGCAACGGGAGUGAGUCCGGCGGAACUGCUGAUGGGACGGAAGUUGCGGACUUGCAUAGAUAAUUGCUACCCCUCAACGAAAGAAGGCAGCAUUGAGGAAGCAAGAAGGAAAUCUCCAAAUCGAGCCUUCCGAGUGGGUGAUCCAGUUUAUGUUCGAAGCUUCAAUUCCACCGAGAACUGGACCCCAGCUGACAUCACGGAUGUGAGGGGAAAUGUCACUUAUUCGGCCCGUACAGAGGAUGGUCAGAUAAUUAAACGACAUACAGACCAAAUUCGACCACGUUUUCCAGAGGAAACUACAGCCAAACCGACAAACGAAGAGUCUCCUCCCAAUGACAAGUCGGACGUGGAAGAGCAAGUUUCAGACGAAGUGGAACCGAGUUUGGAUGCACCUACCAGCAACCCCAGAGAGGACCGUCAGCCACGCAUAAGACAACCUCCGAAAUAUUGAAAAGAUUAUGUAUCUUUCUAGGAGGGGAAGGAGUGUCAUGUCGUGUCUUACCACGACAUGUAAAGGGCGCGUCGAGCGCAGCGCCCGAGGGCGAGACGCCCGAUAUAUAAACCCUGUAACCGAGGGCAGUGUGCCCUUUUUUGGAUUGUCGCUGAACCCUGUUCUGUAGUUACCCGAUAUAUGUUAAAUAAAUGUGAAAUGUUCUAAGUAUCGUGUCCAUUCACUUCUCAGGCACUACUAACGUAAGAUUCACGGGAAUUUUACAUCUGGCGACGAGGAUGGGAUUGGAUUGAGAAUAAGUCCUGAGGAAACAGAAUAAGCACGAUCUUCACCGGUACCACGUGGAGCGAGAUCAAUGGCUACCUUCGGCUGCCUGGAAGAGUUCGACCCUACACACCCAAGUCAGUGGAUUUCUUAUGCUGAGAGGCUCGACGCAUAUCUAACUGCUAACAAUAUAGAAGACGAAGAGAGGAAGAAGGCUAUUCUGCUGACGGCAUGCGGACGAGAAACGUACAACCUGUUGAGGUCUCUUUUGUCUCCCAACUUGCCAACCACGAAAUCCUU